AUGGUUCGACCAUCAAAAUCAAAUUCUCGUCAUUUGGUACGUCGAGCUUGUUUUAAUUUGCCUAAAUUAGUAACAAUAACAACAGCUCAAUCAUCUACAUCACUUAUUAAUACAAAACAAUCAGGUUCACCAACAUCCCUAUCGGCAAUAUCGAUGCCAACAUCACAACAUCCAGUUAUUGAUCAAUCAUUAUCAGCACCUUUAACACAUCGAAAAAUCAAUUUAUAUGAUGAUACAAAUGAUUCUCAACAUCAUCAUCGUUUAAUAUUAAGUCCAUCACAAUCAAAAGAAGCUCCGUCACGCGGUAUUUCACCUCGUAUUAAUCGUAAUAAAACACCAACAAAACUAUUCGUUGAAGCUCAUGCGGCUAAAUAUAAAGCUUAUUGUCCCUAUUCAAAUUUUCGAGUAGGAGCUGCUCUAUUAACAUCAACUGGAAAAAUCUAUUCUGGAUGCAAUGUUGAAAAUGCUUCUUAUCCAUUAAGUACUUGUGCUGAGCGAACAGCGCUUGUAAAGGCUGUUUCUGAAGGUGAAAUUUCAUUUGAAAAAAUUGUUAUUACAUCUGAUGUUGAAUCUGGUUUUACUGGUCCAUGUGGAUCAUGUCGACAAACAUUAGCUGAAUUUGGUCUUGAUUUAGAUGUUUAUCUUAUUAAUCCAAAGAAUGAAUCGAAACAGUAUAAACUUCGUGAAUUAUUACCCAUAGCUUUUACACCAUGUGACCUUCAAAAAUCCCGUACAAGUCAUAAUAUUAUUCAAUAA